UGGUUGCGCACGCUGGUAGAUCAAAGGGUCCUCGGGAAGGGGGUGGUCCCAGUCUUAGGGAUAUAUAGCAAGCUGGGACGGAGCAGGAUUUAAGGGAACCGAAGAGUGCAGAUCUUAGGGCGCAAGGGGAAAGCUGAUCCCAUUUUAGCACAGAUCCUGAAUUAUCUGACGACCGGAGUUGGAUUUUAGCUUCUUUUUUUAAAACCAGAUACUAAUAGUGACCGGCUAACAUAUACAGCAUGUCCUGUUGAAAUCCUGGCAUCUACUCUACUGGCUGAUGAUAUGCAAAUGAAUUUUACAGUGGAUAUCCAUUUUGCGUGAAUCUAAACUUUUUACUUUGUGACUUAUGUUUUGCAUAGGCAGUGAUAUUUUGUUUGAAUAGCCGCAAACUCACGUAAAGGGGGUUUUUCAUUGUAUCUUUAUAGACGAAUACGUAAAACUUUUCCCUUUUUCCAUCUAGAAUAUCAGGUAAAGUUAUGAGGUCGUUUUCCUGCAUCUCCCUUGCCUGGCUCGCAGCUUUGUACAUGAGCACAGCACAUGGUGCCUGGAUGGAGAGCGCAGUGGUGCCGGUGCGACUAGACCCGGCCAAGGCAAUGGACGAGACCGUACAGCAGCGGACUCUUAGCACUGAGGAGAGAGAAAAGGUCGGGGAGAGACGGAUCUACCAACUGGACGCCUUUGGCAAGCGGAUAGUUUUAGACCUGGAGCCGGAUCAGACCUUCUUGGCUACAGGGUUCGUCUUCCAGAUGAUCGGGCAACCUGAGAGCCCAGAUCCGGAGACUCAGCGAGUAUCGGACAGCAGGGCUAUGGCUGGGUGCUUUUUCUCCGGCCAGGUGGAUGGAGAAGCUGACUCGGCAGCGGCGCUCAAUGUGUGCCACGGACUUCGGGGCGGCUUUUACGCUGACGGUGAGGAGUGCUUCAUCCAGCCCGACAGCGACACCGACUCCGGCGCCUCCGACUUCAGUCUUCACAUCCUGCGCUGCAGAAGUCGGAAACCGCAUGCCGAAGACGGAGGCUCCAAGUGCGGGGUUGACGAAGAAGAAGAGAGGCAGCCACUUAGGAAGGAGAAGGGUGUGAUCGCGGACCCCGCAGCCCCCCACCAGAAAGCCCACCAACGGUUCCGUCGCUUUGUCUCCACCCCGCGUUACGUGGAAUUGCUGCUGGUAGCAGACAAGUUGAUGGCGGACUUCCACGGUGCCAGGCUUAAGCCGUACCUGCUGACCAUCAUGGCGGUUGCAGCACGCCUUUACCGCCACCCCAGCAUCCACAACUCUAUCACGCUGGCUGUGGUCAAGGUGCUGGUGGUGAACGAUGAGCAGCACGGCCCCAACGUGUCCAGAAACGCCGCGCUCACGCUGCGCAACUUCUGCAGGUGGCAGCGGCAACACAACCCGCCCAGCGACCGGCACCCAGAGCACUACGAUACCGCCGUGCUCUUCACCAAAGAGGAACUUUGCGGCCCCCACUCUUGUGAGACCCUGGGCAUGGCGGAUGUCGGCACUGCAUGCGACCCGGAGAGGAGCUGCUCCAUCGUAGAGGAUGAUGGCUUGCAAACUGCCUUCUUUGUGGCACAUGAGCUGGGUCAUGUGUUAAACAUGCUCCACGACGACGCCAAGCAGUGCACUAGCAUUAAUGACCCCACCUUGCCCCCCCUCAUGAUGUCGUCCACCCUGUACAACCUGAACCACCAGCAGCCCUGGUCACCGUGCAGUGCGUUAAGGAUCACCUCCUUCCUGGACAACGGCCACGGCGAUUGUCUGCUGGACAAGCCACAGAAGGCGGAGCCAUUGCCCAAGGCCUUGCCGGGUUCCAUCUACGAUGUGGACCAACAGUGCCGGCUGAUGUUCGGGGAGGAGUCCCAACACUGCCCAGAUGCAAACACGACCUGCACAGCUCUGUGGUGUACUGUCAACAACGCGGGGGGACUCCUGGUCUGCCAGACUAAGAGCUUCCCCUGGGCCGACGGCACCCCAUGUGGGAAGGACCGGUGGUGCUUGGCUGGUGAAUGCCUGCACAAGAGCAAGGCUACAGAGUUCCAGACACCCGUGAAUGGUGGCUGGGGCAUUUGGGGCCCCUGGGGGGACUGCUCACGGACCUGUGGGGGAGGAGUGCAGUACUCCUUCCGGGACUGUGACAACCCUACUCCCAAGAAUGGGGGCAAGUACUGCGAGGGCAAAAGGAUCCAGUACCGUUCCUGCAACACUGAGCCCUGCCCCGACUCCAACGGCCUGUCGUUCCGUGAGGAGCAGUGCCUGGCUCAUAACGACAUCUCCUCCAGCAUGUCAUUUGGGUCUAGCGGCAGAGUCGAAUGGGUCCCCAAGUACGCUGGGGUCUCUCCCAAGGACCGCUGCAAGCUGAUUUGUCGGGCCAAGGGUACCGGCUACUUCUUUAUACUGAAGCCUAAGGUGGCAGACGGAACUCCCUGCAGCCCUGACUCCACGUCAGUGUGUGUGCAAGGCCAGUGCGUGAAAGCCGGCUGCGAUUGGGUCAUCGGCUCGGACCGCCGGUUCGACAAGUGCGGCGUCUGCGGCGGGGACGGAUCUACCUGUAAGAAGGUGUCAAGAUCACUCAAGUUCGCCAGUCCUGGUUAUCAGGAUGUGGUGGUCAUCCCUGCCGGAGCUACACAUGUAGACAUCAAGCAGCACGGUCACCACCACGAUUCCAGCUACCUGGCCCUGCGACGUCAGGACGGCACCUACCUGCUCAACGGGGAUUACAAGCUGACCACACUGGAGACCGACAUCUUCCUGCGAGGGGCGCUGCUGCGUUACAGUGGCGCCUCCGCCACCCUGGAGCGCAUCCGCAGCUUCGGCCCGCUGCCGGAGCCCCUCACUGUCGUGGUUCUGUCCGUGGGCGAUUCACCCCGUCCCCGGAUCAAGUUGACCUUCUUCGCCCCCCGGCCAGUAGGCAGGAGGCCAUCGAUUAAUGCCAUCCAGGAGACAGGAAGUGCCGAGUGGGUGAUGCGCGAUUGGGGCCAGUGCUCCCUGACAUGCGGCGGGGGUGUUCAGCAACGCAACGUGGAUUGCCUGGACUUCCGUGGCCGCCCCUCAUCUGAGUGCCCGGUGGAGCUGCGCCCACCCAUGUCUCGCCCCUGCCCCCCCCACCCCUGCCCCAUCUGGCAGCUGGGGAUGUGGUCUCCGUGCUCCAAGACCUGUGGGCAGAGUUUCCGUAAACGUACGCUGCACUGCAUGUCACACAGUGGACGGCUUCUCGGCUACGAGAGCUGUGACCCCAAAGACCGUCCCAGACCCCUGCUGGAAAUGUGUAGGCAAAGGCCCUGCUAGGGGGAGCAGAGGGGUUUCCUGUUAGCCUAUAUGACAUGAGACUUAAUUGAAAAAAAGGAGAAUGAACUUCCAGAAAGAUAAUGAAAAAGAUGACCCCUGUCCUUUACCCUCGACCGUGAACGUUCAGUCUAAGCCUACAGGAAGAUUACGCCCUCGAGGAAAAUGUUUACAUUUUAAACAGUGUUUAAAUUACCAUCAGUCUGUCCAUGACAGACAACCACACCGCUGAAAGACUGUGGCCAUUGGUGGCAAGGCGUAAAAGUAGCCAUACUGCCCGGCGGUGAUAGUGGUGGGAGGGGACCCUCCUAUUGGGGGAACCUAAAGGAGAGAGAGACACAUUGCUGCUCAAGCAUGCUGCUGUAGAUAUUAUGUGUGUGUGUGUGUGUGUGUGUGUGUGUGUGUGUGUGUGUGUGUGUGUGUGUGUGUGUGUGUGUCUACUCUGUUCAAGCUGGACUGGACAGAAUUAGUUUUAGCAUUUAGUUUUGUAAAGGUUGAGGUUUUCCAGAAGAACUUGCGCCCGGGAGGAGAUGAAACUAUCUGGGCUCACAAUCGUGUCACACCCCUCCCUUGCCUGGUGCUUUACCUCCUUUCUGCAGUCAGGUCUCACCCAGAAGAUCCAGCCAUCCUAUAUUUCUACUCAACCCAAACACACAGCUAUCCAGAAUGUCUUUGUCUUUGUUACUAGGCAACAGCGCUACAUAUUUUCAAUGCAUUAGUACUUUUUAAUUCUGUUUGAAUCCAUUUAGUCACUGUAUUCAGGGGUUUCAGGGAGGGAAGCUGAGUUUUUGCUUAUGUGUGAAUGUGAGUUUACUUGUUUUUUGUUUGAGUGGUUGCUCUGUUCGUCUGUAAUGUUUGUCUGGACAGUUGUCUGUUUUUGUUGUUCUUGCCAUAUUGCUCAGCUAAUCUACAUCUCCAGUCCCACAACUGCAAACCUAUAGGACACACUUGUCCUGAUUACUGACUCGACUGUAAUGAACAAUGCCAAUGUGUGCGUGUGCGUGUACUUGUGCUUGAUAUGUGUGGAUAAGGUCCGUCAAGUAACUUUUUCUCUUAAUACUUCAUAAGUAAAUCUCUCCUACCUUCUGAGAAGGAUUUUUUUUACAGAAUAUCUAAACGCUAUUUAUUUUUGUACAGUCUGGAAAAUAUAAUCAUAAUUUUUUUGGCUAUUUGAUAAUUAUUGUUACUUUCAUUAAAAUAACAGAAGAACGUAGAAUGUAUAGAGUAUUUAUACAGUAUUAUAUAAAUAUAUAUAUAUAUAUGAUUCUAGGUUUAUGAAUAAACUAUCACAAUGA